CGUUACGUCUCGGCUUUAAAAACCAGAAAACCAAUUAGCAGAACAUGAUGUUUCCAUUUAUGUAGAAUCAAAAGUCCGAAGAGUAUGCCCAAUGUGUGUAUAUUUUGUACAGGCGCCAGAUGGGCAGCCCAUAUGGUCCUUGACUGUUGCCCUGGAAACGAGCCUAACAUUUUAGUUUCAAGUCGUCAGGAUGGCAGCAGCCAAGGAAAAGGAACGACGCGAUGAAGUAUCUUUAAAUGCGAUACAUCGGGAGACUAUACAGAAGGAGAAUCGCUGCCAGAAACUGGUUACUGAGUUCGGGAUUAAUCCGUAUCACAAGGUUCAUGCUAUAGCCAGGAAGCCCAUGUCAUGGCAUGAUAAUGAGACUGAAACUGCAGAUGACCAUUUUCUCAAAAUAAUUCAUCAUGGUGCUUUGGAACCAACUAAAAAGUACACUGAGCCACAAACCACAAGUCAGGAAAUUGGGUGGAUCACAACACCACUGAUAACCAGUGAUCGAACAGAUAGACGCUUACACUUCUUUCGAGAGAAAACAGAAAUCACGAAAUAUAUGGAGACAGCAUGGCGCCUUAAAGAACAAAGCGAAAAUAUUCAGUAGAGGAAAAGUCACACAGCGAUGUUUAGACGCUGCAAGGCUGAAGAUGAUCAUUCUCCUAGUUUCCCUAAAACCAGUAUUGCGAAGUACAAAUGUCAGUUGAUCGGGAUGUGCUGCUCUGUAAUUCAAACUAUGUUGUAAUUAAUAACAGCACCUAUUAAUGUAAUCACCUGCAAUAAAAAAAAUUACGGCAUUGUA